AUGGGGCCUGGUUCGGUCCGCGUGGGCACUGGCUUCUUGUGCCGCUCCUCCCGGCCACAUGAGUUAUGCCAGGUAAAGACAGUGCAGGAAGGGGGUGCUCCCCUUCCUAUUCUGAAAAAGGGAGGGGCCCCUGGACAGAUUUGGGGUACAGCCUCCCUCUCACUAACCCCCCGCUUUGUCUUCACAGCUGGGCCUGUCAUCAUGUCCUUAGAGGAAAAGAUGGAGGCGGACGCUCGGUCCAUAUACGUGGGCAAUGUGGAUUAUGGGGCGACGGCUGAAGAGCUGGAAGCUCAUUUCCACGGCAUCCUGUGCGAUAAAUACAGCGGGCACCCCAAAGGGUUUGCCUACAUCGAGUUCUCCGACAAGGAGUCUGUACGCACCUCCAUGGCGCUAGAUGAAUCCCUGUUCAGGGGGCGACAGAUCAAGGUGAUCCCCAAACGGACCAACCGGCCCGGCAUCAGCACCACAGACCGAGGCUUCCCCCGGGCCCGGUACCGAGGGCGCGGGAGGCUGUGGGAGCCCAAACAAACCAGGCGGAUUUUUUCAGCCUCAGCACUUUCCAGCCCGCUCCGCAAGUCGCCGGGUUUCCCCUCGGCUCCGGGCACGGCCUGUCGGGGAACAGCCAAAGAUCCCGGCGGCGGCCUGGCCGCUUUCAAGGAGCGUGGCGCGAGGCUCAGCGAGUUACAACAAGAACAGGACUGA